ACCUACUAGUAUUUGCCGUGUUGUAUUGACCACCUCCUCCCUACCUCCUGAAUCCACCUCCCUAACACAGAGCGGGACCGCGAUGGCUGUGGGAGUAUAAAGCAAAGCCAGGCGGUCCCGGAGGUUCCAACCAUUUCAAUCAUCAGUCUUCCGUUAGACAGGGGAAGCAUAAAGACACCAUAAGAUCUGUAUAUGCUUGACAAGAUGAUAAACCACGGAACUUUGUCGGCUCUGCUUGCUGGGGCGGUUGUCGCCUCGGGGUGUACCCUCCCCACGGAUCCCAUCCCCAACACCAUCACCACCCCCUUCCGGGCCCAGGUGCAGAAUGCAUCCCGCCCUGAAGUCCACAACAAGUACAUGAACCUGUUCCAGGCAGGCGGCGGCGACCAACAUCUAUUCAUCGGACCCGUUGGUGUCCCCACGUACGAUCUGACCUUGAUAGACGGCGUCAUCAACCACAUUCCCAACGGCGUCCGAGCUGUCAUUGGCGGCGAGUUUUCCGAGAUCGACCACACCACAAAGAUGUUCAUGACUGGCCGGGGCGAUCCCAGAGCUGUGUUCAAACCGACGUAUGCCUGCAAUCCAGACACGGACGAGGUGCAAAUUGAGCUGCAGUUCGUCACUUGGGAGAACCAGCCCGAAGGCGGCUGGAUCUGUGUGCGGCACGCGUUCGAUGGAAGCCAUGAGUUCCGCUACUACCCGCCGGGCAACGAGUUAACCGACCCCGACCGCGAGUGCAUCAGAGUGACGCUCGUCUUGAUCCCAACCGACGGCGUCCCACCCACAAGCGUCAGCAGCACCACCUUUUCAACCAGCACCAUCCCCGCAACCAGUACAUCACCCACCUUCACGCCCACAACGCCGCCCGACAUUCCCGCAUUCACGGACAUGACGGCUCUGGGGUGGCGGUUCCUCGGCUGCGCGCCGGAGGAGCGGUGGGCCAACGACGGGCCGUUCCGCACGCUCGCGGGCGCCUUCCGCGCGGCCGACGACAUGACCAACGAGGCAUGCAUGGCCUUUUGCUCCGACGCCGGCUUCCGCUUCGCGGGGACCGAGUGGAGCCGCGAGUGCUGGUGCGACAACUCGUACGCCCCAACCCGCCAGCCCGCCACCACCCUGGCCAGCCUGUCCACGUGCAACUACAGGUGCGUCGGGGACCAGGGCCAGACGUGCGGUGGUGAUGCGUGGUUGACUCUGUAUGAGCGGUGUGAGGAGGGAGAGGCUUGUGAGAAUGCGGUGUUUGUGUGAGGCUGUGAGUGGGGAUCAUGAUGCUCAAUGAGAGAGGACGGUGAUUCAUAAUACUAGUAUGAAAUGCUGGUAUAUAGUAGAUCAGCGGCAAGGUAGCAGUACAAGACUCAACCUAAAAAAAAGCUCAAUUGGUUAGUGGGUGCUUUAACGGUGGGAGUCUUCAAAAAUGUUGAAUAAGCACCUGUCUCGCCGACAUCAGAUAGUAGCCACAUGUUCAUAUCUCCAGCUAGAC